AUGAGAUUCACUGCAUCCCUCUUCGCGAUCCUGGCCGCCACGUCGGCUCUCGCCAGUGCGGUCUCGCCGGCGACAGAGGGCGAUUCCAACGUCUUAACAAGAAGAGCUGGCGAGUGGGGCAAGUGCAACGGAACCUCCUGUAAGGUUAAUGGCAAAAACUAUGCAUGCAAUAAGGGAAAGAGCGGCGGGGGCGAUGGCAAGGCAUGCAACAAGUUGGGCGGUUCUAUCUGCUGUCCUGGCGGAAGAAUGAAGGGCAAGAAGUGCCCUUAG